AUGCGUCGCUUCCCUCAACAUGAAAACGUUGAACUUUCGAGUAACCCUGACAUGAGAUCUGCUGUGAGUGAGCCUUUAGCGGAUAAUCUUGAUGAAAGCCGGGCUGUUUCAGCCUUCCCAGAUGGCGGUCGGGAGGCAUGGACAUGUCUUCUGGGUUCAUUUUUGAUGAUGUUUCCCUCAUUUGGUUUUCAAACAGCUGUUGGAUCUGUUCAGGACUAUAUUAGCACUCAUCAACUUUCCGAAUAUAGUGUCAGCGAUGUCGGUUGGAUCACCGCCGUGCUGGUCUUCCUGACCCUAUUUCUGGGUGUGCAAGUCGGCCCGCUAUUCGAUCGCUACGGACCACGGAUCCUGUUAAUCUGCGGAUCGCUCGGCAGUUUCACGUCUUAUAUCCUCCUAGCACAGUGCUCCAAGUACUGGCAUUUCAUGCUAUGUCUGGGGGUCCUUGGAGGCGUAUCUGCCGCAGUUAUCACCACCGUGUCAAUCGCGGUUCUGAGCCACUGGUUCUAUCGACGACGUGCCCUUGCAUCCGGUAUCUGCAUGGGCGGAUCAUCGGCGGGGGGCGCCAUUAUCCCACUACUCCUACGAACCCUGUUCGCCAAGUACGGCUGGACCUGGGCAAUCCGGGCGAUCGCAUUCAUAGCACUGGGGUGCUACAUUCUGGGCUUCGCACUCGUCAAAGGACGGCUGCCCACCAGCACCCAGAGCCGAACGACAAUCGACCCACGGGCGUUCAAAUCGCCCCGCUUAUGUUUCCUGGCGGUCGGCGUCUUCUCCUUCGAAUUCAUCAUCUUCGGCUGCGCGGCCCUCCUCCCCACGUACGUCCGCUAUGCGGGACUCUCGCUGGACGUUCAAUUCUACUCUCUCACCGUCCUGAACGCCAUGAGCUUCCUCGGGAGAGUCCUCCCCGGCUUCGCCGCCGACCUCGUCGGUCGAUUCAACACCCUCCUGACCCUGGUCGUCAUGACCCUCAUCGUGAUGGCGGCUGUGUGGUUACCGUUCGGAUCGCGCGACGACGCCAUGCUGUAUGCGGUGGUGGCUAUCUUCGGGUUCGGGUCGGGCGGGUGGCUCUCGCUGGCGCCGGUGUGUGCAGGCCAGCUAUGCAAGACGGAAGAAUACGGACGGUUCUACGGCACGGUAUAUUGUGUCGCCGCGUUCGGUGUCUUGCUUACUGUUCCUGUUGGAGGGAAAUUGCUUCAGUCGACUACCCCGAAGGUCCUGGUUGGGUUCUACUCGGCCGUAUUGUUGACGGGGCUGGUGAGCAUUGCGUUAUCCCGAUGGGCUCUUCUGGAUUGGAAGUGGAGGUGGAAGGUUAAGGUGUAG